CCGCCGCGGUGAGAAGUGUUAGCACAAACACACACAUACACACAAGCUAAUGGGACUGUCGAUCAUUUCACCUCUUGUAAACUCAUUAUCCUGACUGCAGAGAUCAAGAAAGUAAGUCCUACAGGUUUGACACGGCAUGAGGUAUCUCAGGCUGUAGUGUGGUGAAUCUUUAAGACAACAGCGGCGGUUGAUUGACAGUCAGACAUCAGGAUGUUUAACCCUCAUCAGCACCAGCAGCAGCAGCAGCAGCAGUUUCAUCAGCACCUGCGACAGCUGCAGCAGCUGUUUCAGCAGCAGACACCUCCUCCACCUCCACCCCCUCCACCACCACAACCUCCACCCACUCAUCACAUCACACAUCACCAUCAGACUGCACGGCCUAUAGCUGUGCCCGCCCCUGCACCCCCUCCUGCCCGCAUGGUAAACCUCUGCUCAGCCACUCAAUCCAUCAUGGCACCCAAUCCCAUGCUGCAGGGGGCGUUGCUUAUGCAACAGAUGCAGGCUAGCAGCAUGCGAGGGUUUGCUAUGGGCGGACAGCAGUUCCCUCAGUUCUUCACUCCAGGAUCCAGAACGUCUCUCCUCGGGCCUGUUCCAAUGGGAGUGGCCAUCAAAACUCCACACAUGGGAUUCCCGCGACAUUUCACCCCACACCAACGCUACUACAGCAAUGACUUUCAGUCGCAUCAGCCAGACAGGAAAAGGGAAAACGAGCAGAAAUCAGAAGUGAGCAGAAGCAGAGCAGCAGAUGAAGCUGCAGGUGUUGCAGAUCCAGGCUGUCAAUCAUCUUCAGAGCCGCUCGAUGAAUCAACAGCUAAAAAACACAAAACAGACGGGUCAGAGGAGCUUGUGGAGACCGAAUCGACUCAAAUCAGUGAAUCUAAGAGUCCAGAUCCUGCAGAGUGUGCACUGCAGGAAGCAGGAAGUGUGGACGGGCCAGUGGCCACUGAGGCAAAUGAACAAAGUCGAGUGGCGAAGCAGGUUGAAAGUACAGAUGAGCAUGAGAACAGUGAUGUCACUGAUGACAUCACAGACUCUGAUACAGUCACUGAAAUGAAGGAGACCACAGCCACUCCCCUCACUGCCAGGGUUCAGGAGGAGGUUAAAGAUGGCGGAGGAGAGACCGCCAGCAAGUUCAUCUGCUACAUUUGCAACAUUACAUGCCAUAACCAGCAAAAUUUCCAGAGCCAUAUGAAUGGACUGACGCACCAGCAGAAGAUGAUGGAGAUCCAGCACAUGAGUAACGCAUGUCUCGUCACGCUGCUGCCACGCGUACAAGAGUCUCUGCAAGGGGCUCGUAAGGAGGGAGAGAAGAGACCAGGCUUACAGAGAUGGUGCUCCACCUGCCAAACUCACUUCACCUCCAACGUCAUGGACCAUCGCCGAACCAAGGAGCACAAGCGCUGUUGUCGCUCAUCCAGCACCAGCUGUACUGUCUGUAAGCAAGAAUUCAGGAGGCCCAGAGAGUUUGUGGAGCACAUGCAGUCGACGGAGCAUAAGCAAAGAGUCAAGCAGCUGUGGAAGGAGUCGGGAAAAGAUGGAGUGGAGGAGCUGAACUCCGAGUCGUUUUUGGACGAUGAGGACAGUGAUGUCACCGAUGACGAGAGAGAGGACGAGGAAAACGGGAAGGAGGGUUUGUCUGCACAGAUGGAGGUCACACUGGAAGAUCUGACUGAAGACGAGGAGUUUGACGCGGAUACAGUGUAUGGAUCUAGUUUUGUGGUUCCUGUCGCUGGGUUUCUCUGUCGACUGUGCAAUCAUUUCUAUCACUUUGAGUCGUCGGCUCGACAUGCACACUGCAAAACACUCAAACACUUUCACAAUCUGAAGAGUUAUAAAGCCUUAAAGACACGUGAAGAUGCCGGUUCAACUUCAGCAGGAUCAACAGACCAUCACAGUCCAGACAAAACCAGCACCAGAGAACCUCGGUUUACCUCACCGGAGUCUCUCAACCCAAAACCAGCCCUCCAAACACCUCAGUCAAGCAGCCGUAGCUCACCUCCUGUCCUCAGUAUCUGCAGACUGAGCACGAACGACCCGGAAACAGUCCGGUCACCAAACCAGCAGCCAGAACAGGACGAAGAUCUCGCGGGUGUGGCACGCUCUACUCCUCCCAGCCAGUCAGGACUGGACGCAGAGGACGAAUCGAUCACAGGAGAGCCUGAGGAGGAGGUGGUCGGUUGCAGCAUCUCCGAGGUGCGGGCCGUCAGGGGUCGCGGGCGGACUCCUGCUAAGAGACGAGGACGUGGAGGGAGACGACGCUGAGACUUGACGUCAUGAAGAAGACGAGAAGUCUAGAGCUGCUAUCAAUCCUGAGAGACCCUCACAGGACCCUAGUGAAAACACUCCUCCGUAGACAACAGUUUGUGCCACAAUUUUAAGCCUGUAACCCUGUGUGUGUGAAGAACCUCUGAGUGCAGAUGAAGGGAGUGAUGACGGUUUGUUAACUGGGAAGUGUUCUACUUUCUCGAUAGUGAAUCUCGUGCCACAAAACGGCAUGUUCAUAGUUCUCGCCAAAAUCAAAAGAGAAAACUACGAAAUUAUAUUUUUCAUUAAGAAAAUAAUUUUUAUGGAUCAUUUACAUUUUUGGGGCAUUAUUUUCAUGACAAUUAAACAUGUUCUCACCCAAUUCUCACCACGUUUUGUCAAUAAAAUGUCAUUAAUUUCACUGCAAUGCAAAAGAAUCGAAUUCUUAUCAUUUUAACUUGAUAUUAGUUUAUAUUAGUGUAAUGUGAAGAAAAAAAAACAUUCUCAUAUCUGCAACAUGAGAAAUGUGAUUUUCAUUAGCGUGAUGUGAAAAAAGUGUGUAGGUAUACAACAUGGUAAUAUUUGUUGUACUGAACUGAUUUUAAUAACAAAACAAAAAAAAAAAGAAUCUGUGUAUCGUUUAUUACAAUAAUGCAAAACAGAUUUUUUUGCAUUACGGUAUUGAGAAUUUAGGGGGAAAAUGUGCUUAGCUGUCAUUAAAAAAGUAAUGUCACAAUGCAAAAAAAUGCAUUUAUUUAUGCACAUUUUUUUUGCAUUUUUUGUUUGGAGUUUAAAAAAAAUUGCAUUUUAAGAUUUUUUACAUUGUGAUGUUAUUUGAAUGACUAUUAAUGAUGUUUCCACCACGUAACGUGAAUAAAAUGUCAUAAUAAUAAUAAUCCUCAUUAAUGUAACGCAAAGGAAUCUCAUUCUCAUUUUUGUAAUGUGAAAAUUUAAUUAUUUAAAUUGUGAAGGACAAAUAAGUAUGCAUUAUGGUAAUAUUUGAUGUACUAAAUUUAUGUUGAUUUUAAAAUUAUUUGUACUGACAGGAUGAUUUUAAUUACUGUUACAUUAAUGCAAAACAAAUUGCAUUACAGUAAUGAGAAUUUGGUGUAAAAAUGUGCUUAAUUGCAUUGAAAAUAGUGUCACAACGCAAAAAGUCCUAAAGGUUUUUAAAAUAGGAUUCGUCGUCUUCAUGCAUAAUGUCAUUCUUGUUUUCUUUUGCUAUUGAUUUUGGAGUAAAACAUGACCUGGACAUGCUACUCGUGAGAUUCGCCGUCACGGAAAAAGAGAAGAAAAUGAAGCCUAUUUUAGGACCAUUAUGGUUUUUUGCAUUGCGACAUUACUUUCACUACAGUUUAACAUGUUCUCGCCCAGUGGCAGAUUUAGACAUGGGCGACAUGGGCAGUUGGGCAUCUUGCGGGGAGGGGGGGGGGUCUGUGUGGGUGCCUUGUUAAUGACUUGUAUAAAUGUUAAUGGUCCAGAAAUAGGCACACUAAUCUUAUUUAAUCAAAAUAUAAUUUCAGUAUUUUUUUCUUUUCAUUUUGGGGUGAAAUGUGAUUUGUGAAUAUGAGACUCACAGAAGAGUAACGUUGGACCUGCAGGUUUGUAGUGAAUGUAGCAGCUCACUUCUGAAUCGCUCCGUAACCGGAUGUGAAAAUGCGGUUGUAGUUUUGAAAUCCGUGUCACACGACUCUCAAGAAACCUCUGCUGUUAAGAGAUGUCAAAUCUUUUUAAAUGUAGAGAGAUGAAUGCGUCACGUUUAUGAUGAAGACACUCAAAAAUUAACUGUCAUGCCAACGCUCAAUCCAUGACGUUUUCCCUGAAUUAUCUUAAUGUUAUUUUGUUACUUCACUAAGGUGCAUAUGAUGUGAGUUAUUCUAAACGUCUUUCAGUGGAGUUCUGUCGGAUAACAGUAAAGGUUUGGGAUGGAAAAGCAUCAUUAAACCAGCACUAACCGUGUUUUGUAGCUGUUGUCCCAGUGAGCGGGGUUUAUGGCGUUCUGACCGUUUUCAGAUGGCAUCUCAUUUAUACCUCUGGGUCAGCUAUAGUGAGUUAUGUUAUUAUUCAGUUGUGUUUUCUUCUUCGCUUGUUUUUAGGGUUUAGAGAGACCUCCAUCCUCCUGUUUGUACCAAAACCCACCAAUCGCAUACAGUUUGUAUGGCAUAUAACACGCAAAUAAAUCCUCAAAAAAACACACAUGUUGGUUUAAAGGCUUAAUUCGCACAAAAAUAAAAGUUCUGUCCUAAUGUUGUUCCAAACCCGUAUUUCUUAGGUGAUUAUUACGGCUGCGUCCAGAGAAGCAUGAGCAUUCUUCCGAAAUUCUCCUCGUGUUUCAUGGAAGAAGAAAACAUGACAUGUUCAUGGAAUUAUUCCUUUAAUACCGCUGAUAUAUUCUGAAUGUUCCUCACAGAUCUUUUAUUUUGAGGAAGAGUUGAUGGGUGUGUUUUUAGAUUAUGUUAGCUGUUCUAGUGAACAGUUCAUUUCGGUGAAACGCGCUUGAUUUUGGUUAAUAUCGUAAAAGCUGUAAAGAACAUGUGCAGGUCAUACGGUAUUUCACCACAAAAUCAAAAGACAUAUUUUGCAUGAAGACAAUAAGUCUAUAUGUGGGACCAUUUCAACGUUUUACAAUGUGACAUUGUUUUCAUGGGAAUUAAGUACAUUAUUUUAAAGCGGGAAAAAAAUACUGUUAUGAGCAAAUAAUAAUGAUCAAGUAUGAAUCAUGAAUAUUUGUUAUUCUGCUUUUAAUGCUGAUUUUAUCACAAAUGAUAUAUAAAAAUGCAUUUAAUAAAAUAUUACUGUAAUAUACUUUAACUGUAAUAUUGCAGUAAUGAGAAUAAGAAUUGCAAACGUUACAACCAUGUGAAUUAGAGGAAAUUGCCAUGAAAAUAAUGUCACAAUGCACAAGUUCUUAAUGAUCCUUAAUAGGACUUUUUUUUUUUUAAUGCAAAAUAUAAUUAUUAGGUUUUUUUUUUUUACUUUUAGAUUUUAUGGUGAAAUAUGGACAUGUUCUUUUGACAUUCACCUGUUUGCACUGAUGUGAGAUUCCUCUUUGGAAUCAGUCAUAUUGAUUGUUUAUUUCAUUAAGUUGCUUGGAUUGCUCAAGAUAGAUAGAUAGAAAGUGUCACCUCUUUUAAAUUUGAGCGUUUUAUUCAGGCGUCCAUGAGAGGAUCGUUGAAUAUAAUGGCAUUAGUUGUGUGAGAGUUGAAUAUUGUUUUUUUUUUUAUUUAAAAAUGUAUUAUUUUGUCGCCACGGCACCUCAAAAACUGUACACUGGAAAAACUCUGUCAUCUGAAAUCUGCUGAUACAAAAGCACUGAAUGACUCGACUUAAUGCAAAACAGAAUUUCAUAGUUUUGUGUUUUGAUUUUGGGCUGAAAUAUGACCCAAAGUGCAGCACAUAUUUCAUGAUAUAGUCUGAUCAUAUUCAAAGUUGAUUUCCUCUAAUGAUACUUCGUUUGAGGUGUACAUUUGUUUGUCAAAAUAAUUUGUUAUCGCCUGAGUGGUGUUGUAAAUUUGCUUUAUUAAUCAUGUGGAAGUGCAGUGCUCCUUAUUAAACAUUUACUACUUGUUUGUCUGAACUAGAAUGUAUUAGGAUCUUUAAAGGGACAGUUCACCCAAAAAUGAAAUUCCUCUCAUCAUU